AUGGAGCCAGGGCUGCCCGCAGAGACGCCGCCGGCCCGCGGCCCCGUCGCGGCUACCUGCCGCCCCCCGCCGCAGCCGGGCAGCGCCGGGAUUUUCGCCGCCGCCGCCGCGGCGUCCCGCCCCGACGUGGCUCCGCCGUGGUGUGGCGGCCCCCGCUGCUGCUGCUGCUGCUGCUGCCGCCGCUGCCCUGCGCCCGCCGCCCGCCCCGCCGACGCCGAGAGCGGCGCGGUCCCCGCCGCCCGUCCUGCGGCUGCCGCGGCCGGCCCUGGGGCCGGGGCCUCUCCGGCGGCGGCGGCGGCGGCUGCCCCGCCGGCGGCGGCGGCCGCCGCGGCUCCUCCUCCUCCUCCGCCUCCUCCACGGCCGCCGCCGCCGCGGGGCCCUAAAGCCGCCCGGCUCAAGAGGAUGGUGCGGCUGGCGGCCGAGCUGCUGCUGCUGCUGGGGCUCCUCCUGCUCACCUUGCACAUCACCGUGCUGCGCGGCGGCGGCGGCGAGCCCCACGCCCCCACGGGCGCCGGCAACCACAGCCAGCGGCAGAACACACUCACUGCAGAUGACCGUUCUCCUGAAGACAGCUUCACCCUGAACCCCGAGGACAGAAGAGAAUACCCUGAUCUCCAGGCUGCCCACCGGCCGUUCCCUAAGCAGCGAUUCAGGCAGGAAAAUGGACAUACGUCCUUGCAAAGAGAUGGACCCAGAUCUUUCCUCCUGGAUCUCCCAAACUUCCCUGACCUGUCAAAAGCAGAUAUCAAUGGGCAGAAUCCCAACAUUCAGGUUACCAUUGAAGUGGUGGAUGGCCCCGACACCGAGACAGACCAGGAUCUGCAGAAAGAGAGCAGCAAGCCUAGCUGGCCAGUCCCAUCACCUGACUGGAGAAACUGGUGGCAGAGGUCCUCCACCUUGACUCGCAUGAGCAGCGGUGACCAGGACUACAAGUAUGACAGCACUACUGAGGACAGCAACUUCCUAAACCCUCUCGGUGGGUGGGAUAGUCAUGCACCCGGUCACCGGACAUUUGAGUCCAAGGAGCAGCCGGAGUAUGAUUAUAUUGAUGGUGAGGGAGACUGGAGCCCGUGGUCCCUUUGUAGUGUCACCUGCGGGAGUGGCAAUCAGAAGCGGACGAGGUCCUGCGGGUACGCCUGCACUGCCACUGAGUCACGGACCUGCGACAGGCCCAACUGCCCAGGGAUCGAAGAUACCUUCCGGACAGCUGCCACAGAAGUGAGCUUACUUGCAGGAAGUGAAGACUUCAACGCUACCAAACUGUUUGAAGUUGAUACUGAUAGCUGUGAAAGAUGGAUGAGCUGCAAAAGCGAGUUCUUGAAGAAAUACAUGCACAAAGUGGUCAAUGAUCUUCCCAGCUGCCCGUGCUCCUACCCCAGAGAAGUCGCGUACAGCACUGCUGAAAUCUAUGAUCGAAUUAAAAGGAAAAACUUCCGCUGGAAAGAUGCAAGUGGUCCAAAGGAAAAACUGGAGAUCUAUAAGCCCACUGCACGAUACUGCAUCCGCUCCAUGCUCUCGUUGGAAAGCACAACGCUUGCAGCACAGCACUGCUGCUACGAUGAUAAUAUGCAGCUGAUUACCAGAGGGAAAGGGGCAGGUACACCAAACCUGAUCAGCAUCGAAUUCUCAGCAGAACUCCAUUACAAAGUGGACAUUCUGCCUUGGAUUAUAUGCAAAGGUGACUGGAGCCGAUACAACGAAGCGCGGCCUCCAAACAAUGGGCAGAAGUGUACAGAAAACCCUUCAGACGAAGACUACUACAAGCAAUUUCAAGAAGCGAGAGAAUACUGAGAAGAUUUUCCUCCUCUUCAGACACAAAAUAGCAUUCGUUUCCUGGAUGCCAAAGAACUGAUAACGGCUGCUGCAUUGUCUCCUUGAUCAGUUUCUUUCUAAUGAAUGUAUAUAGUUGUAAUAUAAUACAUAAGUAUU